AAUAAUCCUUUCGAAAUAAAUGUCCUAACAUCAACUAAAACAAGAUCAAAAACUUAAAUGUAAUCAAUGAAAUUGAUGUUAAAAUAUUUCAUUAAUAAUUUAACAAAAAAUCAACGUAAAUCGUAUAAAAAAUCUAGAGCAACAACGGACAGAAAUAAAGAAAUCAAAUACGUGAUUAAUUUCUCACAAAGUGUUAAAAGUUGUAGAUUAAACGUGUUGAUAAGAAAAUUUAACAAUAAACCUAAUGAUGAUGGGGCCAUGAGCCCAUCAUUACCGACAUUGAGUUGGAGUCGCAAGCGCGUCUCAAGCGGGCCUGCACCAUGCUAGCACCGCCGAACCCGAGGUCAAUAUGCGGCCAGGACCCGGGCUGGUCGUGAUGGCGCUUGCGUUUAUUUCGGGGGCUCGGCGUGGCAGCACCAGCAGCAUCAGUUCAAAGACUACAACAACGUCGUCACCACCACCACCAACACUACAAAUUUUAACUACAACAACACCAGCAUCAUCAUUAACAUUAUUUCAAACGACCGUUACAACAUCUCCAACUUCAUCAUCCUCGUUCUCAUUCAUUUCUUCUACCACAACCACUACCAGCACCUCCACACCACCACCAACAACAGGCGACACCAUCACAACCACGUCAUCACCACCACCACUUCUAUCAACACAACCAAUAAAUAUUUAUGAAAAUUUUGGUUUUUUCGGUUCACCAUUAUUCAAGGAACAAGAAAACGACCAUCAAUACCAUCUCAGUAAACGGCCCAAACAACCAGUGCCCUUUAACUUUUUUAAUACAUUUUUUACUCGCAACUCCUACAACUCGUAUCCCUCUACGUCCAACUAUUUCGCCCACACGUAUCCGCUGCCCUCGCACUUAACACAACAUUACGACGAUCCGCGUGCUCGUACGGAAUCGAAUACGGCUUUGCACUCGGCAAAGCAUACGCGUCGCGCGACCACUAAAUCUCGACGGCGACGAAAGAGAAGAACGCGCAGUGCCAACGUUAACUAUAGGGGCAGCGGAACUGGCAGCGACGACGCUAUCGAGAAUCUCAACGAUUCGGACGAUACACUGACAUCACUGACAACUGCUGUAGACAGCAGCAGUGAUAGUGCAUUAAGUGAUCAAACAACACUAGCCCGCGGUCUACCCGUACACUUUCCUUCACUAACCGCCGCCGACUCGUCAAGAUCCCUUGACGAAGACGAUAUAUUUGCCUUAGUAGCCGAGGACGAUCUUCUCUCCGAAGAGUCCUUUGAUCAUUUGGUUAAACUAACAAACGACAAAAUUGGUGACACGAACGAAGAAGACUAUAGCAGCGGCACGGAGACUGUAGUCGAGUCAUCGAGUGGUAGUGGCAGUGGUGCUCCAGACAAUGCACACGACACAACAGAUCAGCAAAAUGCCAUUGAGGAUUUUGUGCGUGUGCAUCAACAUCAACAGCAACAACAACAACAACAACAAGAACCAGAACCAGAUCAGCAACAGGAUCAUAACGAACAUCCUCAGCUUCAAGAUGACGAUGAUGGCGAUAAUGGGACUAAAGAAAAGCCCAACGAAGAUCAUGAUUCAGAACAAGAUGAUGUUGAUACGGUUUAUACAGCUCAUUUAGUGGGCAAUAGCAACGAAAAAGUUGUUUCAGUAGCCGAAACAGACUCAACACACUCCUCAGAUCCAGAUAAGGUCGAGAAAGAGAACAAAUUAGUAACAGCGACAACAAAAACAACAACAACUACCACAACACACCCAAAGGCAGAGUUAGAUAGUCCAAAUAGAUAUCAUACAAUAUUGGGUAGUAAUUUUGCACUAACACGCCUUAAUCCUUGGAUAUCAGCUUGUGAUCUGGCACAACCUGGUCCAUUAUCAGCACCAGAUUUGCAGGGUGAAUGCUCAGCUGGUACACUGCCUGUUGCACGGGUCGAUGAGGGCCCUGGUCCGCCAACGUGUCUCAAAUCGUGUAAAGAAGAAACGCCAUUUACAAAUAAGUUAAAUAAGGAUAAUAUGAUUAAUAAUUUAAUUAAUAAUAAUAACAACAAUUCGAAUAAUAAUAAUAACAAUAAUAGUAAACAAAAUAAAAAUAAAAGCGAUAAUAAAUUAAAUAAAUUAGUAGGUUAUACAACAACAACAAACACCUUUAAUAUUAAGUUAAGAAAUAGUCAGCCAACUAUUAGUCAUAGUAUGAAUACAAAUAAUAAUAAUAAUAACAACAACAACAAAAAUAUGGAUGAUAAUAAUAAUAAUAAUAAUAGCAACAACAACAACAAGAGUUUUAUGAAACUUUUAAAUCCUUUUAAUUAUUAUCAAAUAAACAACUAUAACACAAACAAUAAUAAAAUGGCUAAACUACGAAGAAAUUCCAAAGAAACAACAUCAAAUCACAGUGAUGUUGCCUCUAGAUCUACAACUACGAAUGUCACAAUGUCCCAACGGGCCGCACACAAUGACUCUCAGUCUCAGGCGUUGUCCACGCUGCAUUCGAGUGAAGACUAUGAAUUAUUGCAUGACAUGUUAAUGCAACAAGAUGAAGCUGCCACAAAUACCCAACAAAAUCAACAAGAUCAAUACAAUGAUGAUGGCGAUCAUCAAUACCAUCAUCAUCAGUUUAAUGAUGCUGCCAUAGCAGCUGCCGCUGUUGUCAUGCAAUUGAAUCAGCAGCAACAACAGCAUAACAACAAUAAUAAUAUUGUCAAAAUGAAGCUGACAGCAACAAAUUACAAUGACAACAACAGCAACUACAAUAGUAAUCACUUUGAAUUGAAAUAUAAUCAUUUGAAAAAACUGCAUGCAGGCAACAGCAACAGUAAUAACAACAACAACAAUAAUAAUAGGAGAUAUCAAAGCAUAAACAAUAUCAAUAAUUCACAACAACGCUUUAACACUUCCUUCACAAUGAAAAGCCAUGCGGUUGCUGCCAACAAUGACAACAGUGAUCAGUAUUUGAAAAUACCACCACCGGAGAAACAACAACAACAGUGCCUUGAAUAUUUGGGCGAUAGUGAGACAACAAUGCCCUCGCACUUGUGCCACUUUCUGACGCCCAGCGAUCGUUUGGCUCAAUUACGUCAUCUGCGUUUGCGUAAUUGUUGCGAACGUAACGUGUACAGUGCAUUGCAUACGAUGGCAUUGAAUGCCACACUCAGUGGCGGUACUGGGUGUUUGCGUGUCCUGCAGGACUUAAUGGAUUUGGAUGCGCUCGCAUCGAGAAUCACAUGUGGUCUAACGGCUAUACUUUUUCGUUUCGAUUGUCGUCAAGUUUAUUCGAUUAUACAUCAAUGUGAUGACUGCAAGGAAGCUUAUCGACGCUGGGUUUGCAGUACACUGGUGCCAUAUUUUGCUGAGACCAGCGAUGUGAUGAGACCACCAGAAAUCUUAACCACCACAAUUGAUAGUACCAGUGUGGCGAGUGGUGGCAGCAAUCAUGUGCAUAGUCCAAAUAAGUCGCAUAAGUCUCAAAGCAAUUCGUUAAACAGCUACAAUACCACCAUGGCCUCAAACAUGACUACCUCUCAUACCGCAGCAACAUCACCAAACAAUAAAAACAAUAAAAAUGGAACAGAUAUGUCAUCUGCAAUGCCAACAAAAACAGCCACAUCGAAUUUUAUUACAAACAGCAACAAUAACAAACAUGACAUGCAAUAUAAUGCCAACAAUUAUCAGCAACAUUUCUACAUGCAACAGCAGCAGCAUCGUGUUAAAAGAAGAAACAUACAAAUGCAACAGCAGCAGCAACAGCUACAACAACAUAUUAUCAAUCAUAUAUUGAUUGAUAACAACAGCAGCAGCAGCAGUAGCAGCAACAACAAUAACAACAGUAAAAUUAAUGACAUUCAUUAUGAAACGAUUUUAAUUCACCAUAAAAAUCAGCCACAACAACUGCAUCCCUCUACCAUUACCCAGGCAUUAAUAUUUAAUGACAUCAUCACCCUCAAUCCCCGGACUACAAGUCCAAGGAAUCCUUUAAGAUCCACAACUGCACGCCUACACAGCAUUAAUGCGACUAACGAGCCAGCAUUUGGACUUAAUUUGCAUCAUAAAUCAACGAAUAAAAGACGAAAACGCAGUGAUAAUUCCACAACAACUACAAUAUACGCCGAUGUAGUUGUUAACAGGCCAUCAAAGUCCUCGUCGUCACCACCAUCGCCGUCUUCAUCACAUGCAUCGUCAACGAUGCAUCAAAUGCAGAGACAAAAACAACAACAACAACAAUCUUUUAAUUUCAUAUCGACUGCCAAUAAUGAGGAUUCUUUUUACGCCACGAAUCCAGUGAUAACCAAAUUAUUAAAAAGAUCAAAACGCAAAGAAUUUGAAUUUCGUAAACGACGAAGAAUACGACCCUGCCUAAGUGUGUGCCAAACUGUAGAGCAAAAAUGUCCAUAUCUCCUACCAGCUGAUCGAGCGCCAUCGAUGCCAACACAAUAUGCCGGCGAACCAACAUUCUUAUGUUUAGAUUACAAUAUAGCCGAGACCGAAGAACAAUUGAGCAAGGCCAGCCAUGGGCCCAAUGAAUGCUGCUACACCUAUUGCAGCAGCUCGCCGAAUGGCAUUUGCACGUACUGCAAUGACAUGUGGGACAAAACAGAAACCGAUAAAGAGGCUGAAUUCCUAAGCGAAGAAAGAGAAACGAAAGUUUUAAAUAUAAAAAUGAAACCGAAAGGUCGUGUUGAAAGUGAAGCCACCAUAAGAGUGGAAACUAGGAUACAGCAGAAAAUGGGUGAAGAAAAGAAUGGCCUUAAAAUGUCCACCGUAGCCAUAGAGGUGCGUAAUGAUACAGCAUUCGAGAAUGCCACACGUCUAGCCGAACGCCUACAAUACUAUGCCUUCUGUGACGGAGUCUUUUACUAUGACGACGAUGCCGACGAUAUGCCCGAAUAUCCAAAUUCGGAAAACUGCCGGGCAUUGCCACCAGUACAAAGUCGCUGCAUACCCUACUAUGCCACCAAUUAUAUAUCAUCGGCCGAUAUGUUGGGAUCGUAUCGCAAAAAUAACGAGGCUCAAAAGCUUUUAAUCUGGCUGAGUACUCUGCUGUGCCUGUGGUCCUGUUAUAGCGCACGAUCUAUGAGAUUGAGACGCUGCAAUGAGGACAAGAGACAGCAAAAAACUGAUCAGCCACAGCAACAACUAACACAUCAACAACAACACAAAACAACUAAUACUGCCUAUAGAAGGGGAAUUAUGUGCCAGAGUUGUCAAACUCGCGAAAUUAUGCAAAACGAGGGAAACUGUAAAAAAGUCAUCAAAUUAUGUUUUAGUUCAAUUACAAAUAAUCAACAUCAACAUUAUCAUCAUUAUUAUUAUUGUAAUAAUUAUAAUUAUACUAGUCUUAAAUAUAAGCCGAACAACAACAGCAACAUACUGAUCAAUAACAAAACGUUAACGUCAACUCUAAAGCUAAUCUUAAUGACAGACUUGAUUCUCAAGAUCAUGGCGACGAUAAUGAUAAUGCUGAUGAUAAUGUUAAUGUUAAUGCGGAUGUUGAUAAUGUUAAUAAUGCCGUUAUUGUUUAAGUCAUUUUUGAAAAUGAAAUACAAUAAUAAUCAUCAUAUGAAAAAUAUUAAAUCUAAUCUUAGUUUUAGUCCAAAUACUAGUUAUAAUAGUGAAAAAACAAAUUAUCGUUACUUUUAUUAUUAUAAUUUCAAUAUUAACGACUGGUGGCAGCGGAGACGAUGGUGGCGGCGACGAUGGCGCCGGCCCUCAACGCCUCAUCCCUUGGUAGAUCAUCACUAUGCCACAGAGUCCUUGCUUAUGAGCGGCGUCAGCAGUCAACCGAAUUUUUUUCAACAUAUAUUAUUAUAG